UCGGUACAGCAGAAUGUAACACGAAAAUGAUAAGGAUGCCGAAAUUCUGGGAUAAAAAUACAUAUUGGAUGUUUGUCUAUUUAUAUACCUCGUCUGUGGUGAUGCAAUGUCUAUUCAUGUACCUCGUCUAUGGCUGUGACUUCGCAUGCCAAUAAUUUUUUUAUCAUGUCGGUAUUUUAGAACGCGUGACGCGACGUCUCGUAAGAUAUCAUGUCUAUUCUGUAUCUCAUCUGUGCAACGAUCAAGCUUCUCGUGUAAACGCAGAUGUCACUAUCCGACGAUCAACUACUAAACACGAGAUAGCGUGUAUAGAACUUUCAUUACGAAUUUUACUAUGAGAAGGCGAUAAGUAAGGGACGCUUGAUAAUUGUUUUAAUCGUACAACUUUCCAUAACUUAUACGCGAUUGUCUAUCUCGAAUCCUUUUUAUAAUUCUAACGUAAGGAACGACGAACGGAUUUUAUAUUAAUUUUUAUGUAACGUUAACAGAUGCACCGGAUGUGACAGGCAGCGUAAUAACCCUUAAGGUUAAGUGACAUUACGCUUUUUAAUAUAUUUGAUUGUUUUUUUUUAAAUUGGUAAACAAUUUUGGAACAAUGCCAACACCAAAUUCCAUCAGCGUAGCUGUAAUAUGUUCCAGCAAUAUGAAUAGAAGCAUGGAAGCUCAUGCCUUCUUGAGUAAAAAAGGAUUCAACGUGAAGUCUUUCGGGACUGGUGAUAAAGUUAAGCUUCCUGGAAAUGCACCUGAUCGUCCAAACAUAUAUGACUUUGGAACUUCAUAUGACGAAAUAUACAAUGAUCUUUUAUCAAAAGACAAGCAAUAUUAUACGCAAAACGGUUUAUUACACAUGUUGGAUAGAAACCGUAGAAUAAAGCCCAAACCAGAACGAUUUCAGUUAUCGAAGGAUAAAUUCGAUAUUUUAAUCAGUUGCGAAGAGCGCGUUUAUGACCAAGUAAUUGAAUGUAUGGAAUCUAGAACUCAGGAGGAUAGUCAGCCAGUACAUUUGAUUAACAUUGACAUCCAGGAUAAUCAUGAAGAAGCUACAGUUGGAUCAUUUCUCAUUUGUGAAUUAGUCACUGUGCUAGCAAACAGUGAGGACUUGGAUAACGAUAUAGACGAACUACUUCACGAAUUUGAGUCCAAAUUUGCAAGAACAAUCUUGCAUACAGUACUGUUUUAUUAAACAGCCUGCUGCAUACCAAGAACUUGGUGUUCAUCAACGACUUUAUAGUUAUAAAAGCAGAAAUUAUACAUUAUAACUGUACCACUACAUUCUCCGAGUCAGAUCAUGUGGAGUGAAUUCUACUUUUCCGCUCCAAGUAAAAAUUCGAUCCGCGCUUCCUAUUUAACAAAGUACUGCUUUCCACAGAGAUCGUUUUAGAGACCUGCCAUACUAUAUCUGUAAUUCAUGGCAAGAUAUACAGAAGUAAAAUUACUGGAGUUGUUCCGAUUUUCGAAACAUUAGUAUUAGAGGGAUUAAAGAUUGAAAAGUAAAGAAAACAAAUUAUGAAAUAUUUUAAUUUUAUAAUAUAUACACAUAUAAGUACAACAGCAAACUAUUCUUAUAUGCGUAUGUAUUUCAUUGUUAGAAUAUUUGUGGUACAUAGAAUUGAUAUGAGUCUCUGAUGUGUUUAUAAAUUCAGAGGCUUGUAUAUUAUGAAAUAUACAAUUCGCUGUUAUAUAGCGAAAAGGCCUUCAAUUCUCAUAAUACAAUAUAAAUAUUCGUAAAAUCAAUGUUGAUCAAGAUGGGCGUACAAUCUUCUCGUUUUUUCGUGUUUCUUUUUAUUUGAAUGUUUAUUGAUCUUUUUCCACGGUUUUUCUUCAAGCGACAAAUUUUGUGUGGAACCAGUCACUGAUUCUCUAUUGCUGAAAAAAUUGUUACAAUAAUUACCAAAAUAUUUGAAAAACUAGAUUCGUGUACACGCUCUAUUACUUAUUAUUAUAUACGAACAAUUAUUGUCAAAAAAAUUAUACAAGAAUGACUUUAUCAAAUAAUAAAUAUACAAUAAUGUUACAUACUUUGAAUCAGCUCGGUACGAGCC